CGAGACGUCUCCUGCCGGAGCAGGCUCGCUAGAAUCUCUAUAGAUUUUAUGAUGGCUUCCCCGGUCAGCAAAAAGGGAUUCCAGCCACGACUCAUUAUUCAUCCCUUUCUCGGCACUAGAGCUCGUCCGAGAUGUAGAUUCCAGUCGUCUACCUCGACCACAACAACGAGAGCUCCUUAUUACAAUGAACAGGCCUCGACGAACAAACCCUUGGAUACAGUGCCUGCUAGGCAGGAUGCUCCGUCUGUCCGCGCUCCACUAGCCCGCUUGUCGACUGCGAGCAUUCUCAGGACGCUGUUUCUCGGCGCCGUGUUUAGAUCACCUGUGCUGUUCAGGCCCGGCUUUGCCGUUUUUGAAAAGAUUGCCAACUCGCCGUCCGUAUGGAUGAAUCCGGAUAAAAACCCACUGCUGAGAAUGAUUGUGUAUCCUCUGGUGUACAAGCAGUUUUGCGCGGGCCGGGACCAGGCUGAGAUUGCCCGCACCUCGGCAGAGGUCAGACGUCUUGGAUUUUCCGGGGUUGUUUUGUGUUACGGCAAAGAGGUUCAAGUCCAGGGGGGAACAAAUGACGAAUUCUUGGGCUACAACAGGAACAAGGUGCCUGCCUUGGAUGCCGAAGUUGCCCAGUGGGAGGACGGGAAUAUCGAAACGUUGAACAUGAUCGCAGAAGGCGACUGGCUCGGAAUCAAAUUUACCGGCGCGGGCACCAACAUCACCAAGGCACUGAUGGAUGGUGACGCCGCACCCGAGAGAUUUGUCAAGGCUAUGGAUCGGAUUUGUGAAACGGCCAUGUCGAAGGGAUGCCGCAUCUGGAUUGAUGCCGAGCAACAGGUUUUGCAACCAGCCAUUGAUCGAUGGACUUUUGAUCUAAUGCGCCGAUACAACAAGCCGCUGGGCCGACAGGCGCUCGUUUACAACACGAUUCAAGCCUACUUGAAGUCGGCGCGAGACAAGGUCCAACACCAACUCGAGCUUGCUCAGAGUGAAGGCUGGCGGCCCGCCAUUAAGCUUGUCCGAGGUGCGUACAUCGCAAACGACGUACGCAGCAAGAUUCACGAUACAAAGGACGACACAGACGCAUCCUACAAUGGCAUCGUGGAAGACCUCCUUCAGGGGAGAUUCCCAGCGCAGGCUAAUCAGAUGCCUGAAGAAAUCGACCUCUUGCUUGCCGGACACAACACGCGGACCAUCCGAGCAGCAGCUCGGCUCGCGACAGAUCUGGCUGCGCAUCGGAAGCUGCAAGUCAGGCCCGAGUUUGCCCAGCUGCAGGGCAUGGCCGACGACAUCGGAUGCGAAAUUGUCCAGAUGGCGGAUCAAGUCAGGGUCCACGACAGAGCAGCAGCAUCGUCAUUCGUGCCCAAAGUCUACAAGUGUCUCACCAGGGGCAGUAUUCAGGAGUGCAUGCAGUACUUGACGCGCCGACUGGUCGAGAACCGUGGUGCUGGAGACCGCAUGAAAUUGAGCGCGGCCGAGUACCGGCACGAACUCCUCCGCCGCUGGGGGCUCAGUUGGAACAGAUAA